AAAAACUGUCAAGCAAACGUUUGAGAAGGCCCGUAAGAGGACAGAAUUACAAGAAAACACCAGAUGAAGUGACAAAAUUCGAGUAAUUCACCAUGAUGGAACCAAACAAUAACUUACGUUUAAUAUUAUUUUGCUCGCAAAAAACCACAAACUUCAAAUUUAACUAUUGUCGGCAUCAACCUGACUAAAAUAUAUACAACAAGUAGGAAUUGAUAGAAGGAGCGCUUUCCAUAGUCAAUUUUGAAAAAAGGUUUCAUGCAAGAGACUCUUGUAAGUAUUCUCACUUUUACACACUGACAAGAAAUAGUAUUCAAAUUUAUUUUAAAUGGCUGCCUAUUCCUGUUUUAAAGUAAACAUCUUUUUUAUCUCAUCUUGAUGGUUGACCCGAUGGUGUUGAAUGUUUCCACGUUCUCUCUUCUAAAUUCAACACACCAUAAAGAGUGUUGUCAAUAACCCUGCCAAAUUUAAAUGAUUGAAGAAAAAAGUCUAACUGCAAUCAUUGUUAAUGCUGCCUGAUGGGACGAGAGGGUCAGGAGAGUUACGCUGUCCAGGGUACUGGUCAUGCAGAUGCAUGACAGGCACCUUUGUAUUCAGUUGUGAAAAUAUAGUGUUACAGAGUUUGACACCAUUUCAAAUUUGUGGCCUGUGGCUGAAAACUGUACUAGUCUUUGCAUAUUUUCAGCAAUUAUCUUCAAAUAUGUACAUAUGUAUGUGAUCCGCUUAUAAUCAUGACUGAAUUACAUUUACAUGACUUUGUUGACACAUGACAAAAAACAAGAAGGAGAGGGCAUCGCUCCGCCUUUGCGACUUUACCUCAUCUCACUUACUGGACCUCAGUCAGUCCCAUUUCGAAGGAACCAGAAGAGAAUAUACAAGGAAACCAUGCCGAUUUUUGUUGUUAACACCAACAUUGCCAAAGACGACCUACCGGCAGAUCUGCUGUCAGAGGCUACAAAGGAGCUUGCCAUAGCCAUAGGCAAACCCACAGAGUUCAUCGCAGUCCAUUUCCACGCGGAUCAAAUUAUAAUGAUUGGUGGAAACGAAGACCCAUGUGCACUCUGUUCCUUUUACACCAUUGAAAAGAUCGGCUGUGCUGAAACCAAGCAGUUCUCGAAACUGCUGUGUGGACUGCUCAACAAACAGCUAGGCAUAUCUCCUGACAGGCAAUUUGGCCUGGAACAACACUACUUUUGACUGAGAGCGUAUUGAGCUAGCGAUUCAGAGAAAAUCAUUGGAGCUGCAUUGAAGAGUCAUGGCAAAAAUUGACCAAGAAGCAAGAACACAAGAUAGUAUAAGUUUAUCUGAUGUAGCUUUGCGCUGGUCUUUCUCUCCUACAAUAAAGAACACCCUAUAAUAAGCAAA